CACAUAUAGUCGCUGAGUCACAGACAGACGCAAGGAGAAGCUCUUCUUCCUUAAAAGCUCUCUUUUCCAAAAUAAAAACGGAGCGUCUCUUAACUUGAAGGUGAAGAGCUGAAAAUGAGUGAAGAUGCGAAGAGAAGCGUCACUGGAGCGAUGAUCGUGAGACCCAACUCCUCCGAAGACAGGAAAACCUCCGUGGCCACAGCUACCAACGCCGCAAGGCAAGUUACCAUCAAGAGUGCCGACAUGAGCGACGCCAUGCAGAAGGAAGCUGUCGAGAUCGCUAUAGCUGCAUUUGAGAAGAACAAUGUAGAGAAGGAUGUUGCAGAGAAUAUAAAGAAGGCGUUUGAUAAGAAGCAUGGGGCCACUUGGCACUGCAUAGUUGGUCGCAAUUUUGGUUCUUACGUGACUCAUGAGACAAAUCACUUUGUUUACUUCUACUUGGAUCAGAAAGCGGUUCUGUUGUUCAAGUCUGGUUGAUUGCAGUUGUAUGUUUGAUGAAGAUGUUGAUGAUGCCGUUGUGGUAAGCCUGAUAGGACAUGGACAAGGGUGUUAUUGUGAUGAUAUAGUUAGAAUGUAUGUAUUUAAUUAGAACUUAUUGCCACGCCAGGCAUCUUGCUGGGCAUUCUUCUUUCCAACUUGUACAUUUCAUUUUCUUCUAAAAACUUGGUCUUUUGGAUGAAUGUGAACUGAAGUGUCUCUGCUUA